UCAGCUUCCCAUUGGUGUUUCUGUGAGGUAUUAAAGAGCUGUGUCAGCAGAUCUCACUCACCUUUACACCACAUCUGGACCCAGAUCCACAGGAAGAGUUUCUGAUGGCUGUGUGUUUAUUCCUGUUCCUGCUAUUGCAGCAUGUUCACUCUCUGCCUUUGUCGCAAGUGGUUAUGGGAAAUGUAGGCAGUGAUAGUAACAGUGAUAGUGGGGAGAUUUUUCCUGUCCUCCGUUCGCUACUUUCUCAGAUUCAGAUGCAGAUUCAGAAUUCCCGCCCUAUCGCUCCGGUUCAAAAUGCUGGAAUUCCGAAUGUGCCACAGGUUCCUGUUGCUGUGAUCCCGAUCCCAGCCAAUAAUCCUGUUUUUCACUCACAACCCCUUGUUCCUGCCCUGCCCGGGGAACUGCCGAAUCCAUUUUACCCUGAAAUACCCCCCUUCUCUCUGCCUUCACCUGCUGUUGGUCCUAUUGAUCCAGUUUUCUCCCAACCAGGACUGUCCCAGCCUCUGCCUAACCCUUUCCCCCAACUGACUGGGCUUCCUUCUCCUUUUGAUCCCCUCCCACCCUAUUUCUUCCCCCCUCAAUCAGGGCUACCUUCGUUUGUAGCCCCUCCCCCUCUUCCCAUUCCAGGAAGUCCCUUCCCCUCUUUGACCAAUCCGCUUACUUCUUCACUGUAUGGCAACCAGCCAAUUACGAUUGAUGUUCGGGAGCUUCUAAGGCAACAAGGUUCCACCCCUGGUAAUCGAUCAGCCAUAGUCAAUAUUCAGGAUAUUAUAAGGCAACAAGGAUCCAUCCCUGGCAACCAGCCAAUUUCAAUUGAUGUUCGGGAACUUCUACGGCAACAACGAGCCAACCCUGGAAAUCAAGGAGAGUUUGUCAUACCACCAAUGAUAAAUGGUGUAUCACAGGGAUCACCAUUCCAAAUGCCAAACAUUCCUUCUCUGCAGCUGCAGCAAGCAGAUGACGCACCCACUGAGCCAGCCAAUCAGGAAGCAGAUGGCAAUAUGGAUACAGAGCAGGAGUUUGCACCAUGCUCCACAGCAGAGUGUCAUGAAACUGGGCAGCCAUUUGAGGGCAAUACACUUCCUUAUUAGUGACUCACUGAGCCAGACUGCAGUACUUUUGUGUGUUUGAUGAAUGGUGAGAUUGUACUAAUUUUCAUGAAAAAUAUGUUAUGAAUCUGAUUCGUAUCUCUGUACUUGUUAACUAUAU